UGUUCCGGUGUCCUCCGUCGUCUCCUCGUCGCUGUCCCCGGUCUUCGCCUCGGUCUCCGGUCAUGUUUAAGCAUGUUGUGGGGAGACUGCUGACAGCUCCGGGAGCUCCGGGCCGGUGCGCGGCGUUUCCCGCGGUUCGUCCCGCCUCCGCGAGACGUUUGAGCGGCGCGAAGAACGAAGCGCCGCCGCCGUUCGACGCGUCUCUGCUGGACGUGCUGGUCUGUCCUCUGUCCAAGAAGCCGCUCAGGUACGAGGCGUCGACCAGCGAGCUGAUCAACGAGGAGCUGGGCAUCGCCUACCCCGUGGUGGACGGCAUCCCCAACAUGAUCCCCCAGGAGGCCCGGCUGAUCCAGAAGACCCCCGACGCUCCGGACGCCCCGGAGCCGCAGUAGAGACCCCCACGCCCUCCUGGUCCCGGUCCUGGUCCGGGCCGUCCGCGGCCAUGCUGUCCCUGUCCCUCGUGGUGGGCCUGGUCCCCUUCGUGUCCCUGCUGGGGCUGCUGUUCUCAGCGGCGCUGGACCAGGACUUCCCUCAGGGCUGCACCAGCAGCAGCAGCCUCUGCUUCUACAGCCUGCUGCUGCCCGUCUCCGUCCCC